UCGUCCGGCAACAAUAACCUCUUUUUAUCACUGAAACUAUAACACAAACUUCAAGCUAUAAUCUAUCAAUGCUGUCUUUGUCUAUAGAACUUGACAUAUUCUGUCAGUUAAGUACAUCUAAAAUGCGUAGUAUUAUAUUAUUCAUUUGUGCUUAGUAUGCCUUUUAAAUAUUGGCCAGAUAUCGAAACAUGUUGCGUAUGCAUUCCAAGUUUAAGGACAGCUGCAGCUAUUAUCGCUGUACUUGCCCUUGUAUCAAAUCCACUGUUAUCAUGGUUAAUGAUCCGGCAUUCGUACGCGCUGCGUGUGUCGUGCGUCCUCUCCGGGGCCAGUCGGAUGGACGUCGUGGACGUCAACAUCAAUAAUGUGAUUAGCUUUGGAUUUGGCGUGAACGCUGAUUUAGGAAUUUCUUGUCUGACGCAAAGUCAUGAUGCAGAAGGAGUAACUAACCAAAUCAUUAAGGGACUGGGAUGGAUCGUGCUCAUUGCUGACCUUGUGUUCUUGAUCACAAGUGUGGUGUUGCUGAUGAGGAUUUAUCGGAAUCCUACGCGGCGAGUGGCCCAAGCUUUUAUUAUCAGUGGAUUCAUAGCCUUGGUUCUCUCAUGUCUCUAUGGAAUAAUGUAUGUCAUAGUCUGCGCCUUUCGGGGAAAAGGCAUCGCCCUUUGUCAGCUAAUUUUAACGUUUGUCGAUCUAGGAUUGUGGACCUACUUUCUAAUGGUGGUUAAUGCCUACAGCAAAAAAAUACAAUCCCAAGCAUGAUCUGGAUUCUUCGUGAAAUCGAUCCCAAGCAUGAUCUGGAUUCUUCGUGAAAUCGACGUGGAAUGCUACUAAGACGUUGAAAAGUUUAUUACAUUUUAACCAUAAUUAAGAUCCAGCACGCGAAGAAAGACAAUAUUGGUUUCUAUAGAUAUAGAGCAUCAUUAUGAAGAUCACACAUACAAUACAUACAUAUAUUUAAAAAACUUCUUAUUUCCUCUUAAUUUAUAUUCAGGUGUAUUUUUAUAGGUAUACGUUUAGUUAUGUUGUCGAUGAAGUUAAUGCUUUUAUUAAUAAAUGUUUUAAUAACAUAUAUAGUUACUUUUUUACUUAUGUUGUUUAUCUACUCCACACAUUCUAUCCAUGUUGUGCAUACGAGUACAUUGCGCAUGAUGGAACUCGCGCAUGAUACUCGUAGUGCCGUUACUUACAUUACUGGCAACUCUUGCGAAAAACCUUAAUAUUAUUUUAAGUCUGUGGAGCUAAGAACACUGAGAAAGUCUGUGGUAAUUGUAAAGUAACAAAGUCAUGGAGUCAUAAUGUCAAUAUAAAAGAAAUAAAAAUUAGAACUACCUGGGCAUUUAAUAGUAGAUACACGUGUUCAAUUAAAUAUGGGGUUAUUCAAAUUUCUUCCUAGGACGAAACAAUGUUGCUGCAUCAAGAACCUAAAGACUGCUUGCUUUUUAGUUUGUGCUUAUAGCUUGGUAAGAUUAUAGAUAUAUAUAUUAUUAAAUGAAAAGUUUCCACUAGAGAGUAGCCGAUUACCAAGAAUCUGAAAGUGUCCAUAGAAGUACCUAAUCAUAUUAUUUGGAAUUCCAUUUUUCAAGCCCGUCAAAACCAUCAACUUGGAAUCCAUUGAGAUCUUGGAACAUAAAGCGGACUUAGUAAAUAUACAUAACAUAAUAAUUAUAAGACAAAAGUAAGUAGAUAUAUAGCUAGGUACGCGUACAAAUGUGUACAUAAUAUACAUUCAUUCUGUUCAAUUCAAUGUGAGUCAUACGCCUCAACCACGCAACAUACGCUCCGAGCGUGCACGCUCGACGAUUCCUGCAACUGCCAUACAUUGGAUAAAAUUAGCGAAUUAGGGGCUGUAUGUGUCGCGCCACUCGCGCCUGCAUCACAUUGCCACGACUACUGAAGUGGUGGAAUAUGUACACCAGAAGACCGGUUACAUGCUGAAGGUGUUCCAGUUUCGAUGACGCCAUUUCGUGCAGUUCAACUCUUUUGUGGUUUACUUGCCGCGAUCGCUGCAAGAGACCAUAUCGAGUGUGCCGACUUUUGGCCAAAGGGUUUGGUGUCUCGACGGUUCCGGAGCCAACUGCCGAAUGUGACACAAGAGUAGACGAGUCUGUCUGCAAAAUAGUGUUUAGUUUCUAAGAACCUUUGUGCCCU